GUUAUUAUUCGUGUAGUCAUUGGUAGUCACACGCGGCUUUGAAUCGACCUCACCCACGUUCUUCCAACUUAUUUCGCUCCGAAAAACGUAUUAGCUUCGUAGAAACGGUUUACCUUUCUGUAAAAUGUCGACGUUAGCAAGUCCUUUAGCCAUUGGUGGCCAACGGCAAUCUGGUGCUCCUGUAAGGACUCAAAAUGUUAUGGCAGCAUCUGCCAUUGCUAAUAUUGUCAAAAGCUCUUUAGGCCCAGUAGGCCUUGAUAAGAUGCUGGUCGAUGACAUUGGUGAUGUUACUGUUACUAAUGAUGGAGCUACUAUAUUACGUCUGCUGGAAGUUGAACACCCAGCAGCACGUGUAUUGGUAGAAUUAGCACAACUUCAAGAUGAGGAAGUUGGGGACGGUACCACUUCUGUGGUAAUUAUUGCUGCAGAAUUGUUGAAAAAUGCAGAUGAGCUUGUUAAACAAAAGAUUCAUCCUACCUCUGUAAUUAGUGGAUACAGACUUGCUUGCAAGGAAGCUUGCAAAUAUAUUCAGGAGCAUCUGACAGUCAGUGUAGAUGAACUGGGACGGGAUUGUCUUGUUAACAUUGCCAAAACAGCAAUGUCUAGCAAGAUCAUUGGAUCUGAUUCUGAUUUCUUUGGUAACAUGGUUGUCGAUGCUGCCAACGCCAUAAAGGUCAACGAUGGUAAAGGUGGACAUCUCUACCCCAUCAACGCUGUAAACGUUCUAAAGGCUCAUGGCAAGAGCGUUCGUGAGUCGGUCCUCGUACAUGGUUAUGCAUUAAACUGCACAGUAGCAUCUCAGGCAAUGGUUAAAAAAGUUACGAACGCGAAGAUCGCCUGUCUUGACUUCUCCCUGCAAAAGGCUAAGUUGAAGUUGGGUGUUGAGGUGUUGAUCACUGAUCCUGAGAAGUUGGAAGGUGUCCGUCAGCGAGAAUCGGACAUAACCAAGGAGCGUAUUCAGAAGAUCUUCUCUGCAGGAACUAACGUGAUCCUUGUUACUGGUGGAAUUGAUGAUCUCUGCCUCAAGUAUUUCGUGGAAGCUGGUGCUAUGGCUGUUCGCAGGUGUAAAAAGUCUGAUCUCAAGCGCAUUGCCAAAGCGACUGGAGCUCAAUUCUUGACUUCACUUACUAAUAUGGAAGGUGAAGAAAGCUUCGAUGCCAGUUUCCUUGGAGAAGCUGCUGAAGUUACGCAAGAAUACGUUUGCGAUGAUGAGCUGAUCUUGAUCAAGGGACCGAAAGCAAGGACUGCCAGUUCUAUUAUUCUCCGUGGACCAAAUGAUUACUACUGUGACGAAAUGGAACGUUCCAUUCAUGAUGCUCUGUGUGUCGUUAAACGUGUCCUAGAGAGUAAGAGCGUUGUCGCCGGUGGUGGCUGCGUCGAAGCUGCUCUUUCAAUUUACCUCGAGAACUUCGCCACGUCUCUGAGCUCAAGGGAACAACUCGCCAUUGCGGAAUUUGCUCGUUCCUUAUUGGUCAUACCAAAGACCCUAGCAGUGAAUGCAGCUCAGGAUGCUACAGACCUAGUAGCAAAAUUACGAGCGUAUCAGAAUUCCAGUCAAACAAAUGCCGAUCACGCACACCUCAAAUGGGUUGGGCUAGACCUGCUGGAAGGAACCGUCAGAGAUAACAAGAAAGCUGGAGUAUUGGAACCAGCCAUUUCGAAGAUAAAAUCAUUGAAAUUCGCUACCGAGGCAGCAAUCACUAUUUUGCGAAUCGAUGAUAUGAUUAGGCUUGAUCCUGACCGUAGCAAUGAUAAGAGCUAUCAUGACGCAAUGGCCGCCGGUGAAUUAGAUGGUUAAUUUAAAAAUUGCACUUAUCACUUUAACUUUUCUUUCACUUACGAUUCAUUAUUUUUUACACGCAUCUUUUCACCCCAUAAAAAGGCUGGAUUGAUAGAGGUCUAAUCGACGUAUAAUAAAUAAUAAUAAUUACCUUUACAUUAUCGCGUUGAGAAUAAUCAUAAAUUAAUUAAAAUCACACAAACACGUUGAUGCUUCAUGUAUGAAUUUACUAACUCUUUAAAAAAAGGAAAGAUACGAAAUAAAGCUUUUCCAUUCUAUUUAAA